AAGCGAAGCAACGCCCACACCCCAACCCCAACCUCAACCGCACGCUACGCUAUCCAAGCCUCACGCACUUCUCAUUUCCCAGCGACCUUGUUCGCCGGCUCGAACGUCCGUCCAUGGAGAUCAUCGACGCGGAGCUGCGGCUCGGCCCGCCCGGCAGCGGCGACGCGGCGUUCGGCGCGCAGAAGAAGCGCUCGUUGUCGACAGUGGCGGCGGCGGCGGCCACCAGCGAGGCCUCCGGGACCGACGACCACGACGCCGCGCCGGCUUCCAAGGUUCAGGUGGUUGGGUGGCCGCCGGUGGGGGCGUACCGGAAGAGCACGUUCCAGUCGGCGUCGGCGGCGAAGGAGAGUAAAGUCGCCGGCGAGGCCGGGAAGAGAGGGGGGCUGUACGUGAAGGUGAGCAUGGACGGGGCGCCCUACCUGCGCAAGGUGGACCUGCGGACGUACGGGGGGUACGGGGAGCUGCGGGCCGCGCUGGACGCCCGAUUCGGCUGCUUCUCCUCCUGCUCCGGCUCCUCGCCGGACAACGGCCAGUUCGCCAUGGCCUACGAGGACAAGGACGGCGACCUCAUGCUCGCCGGCGACGUCCCGUGGGACAUGUUCAUCUCCUCCUGCAAGAGGCUGAGGAUAAUGAGAAGCUCGGAAGCACGAUGAUGGCGACGAAAAGGACACGAUCGAACACGCACACACACACACACAUACAUGAAACGAUCUGGAGACGAUGGAAACCGGCCGUGGCACAUGAUGAGGAGACGGGCACACGCGCGCAUGGGCCAGAUGCAUGAUCAGGCCAUGGGUGAGCGGCGACGGAGGCCGGCCGUGAGCCGGGCUACGCGGGCACGCGCGCGUCUGGCAUGCACGUACGCACGCUCUGUGAAGCACUCCAUCCAUCCGCUCGGUACGAACGCGAGGCUGGGUCCAGGACUCACAGGGCGCGCGCUCCGGCGGGUCAGGCCGGCCGGCCGGAUCGGCGUGCAGCACUAGCAGUAGCGGCAGCAGUACUGUUUUGUUGUACUAGUAGGUAGUACAUGCAUCUACUGAUGUACAGUCAGAGGUUCAGGUUCAGCCAGCCAUGUAGUAAGAAAGAACUGGAACUUGUGUGUAGAUAAGUUCUCUGCUUAGUUUGUAGUUAAUCUAAUCUUUUGUACCGCUGAGGAACUGGGACACGGAUCAUAAAAUGAGAGGGAGAUUAAGCUCCAAAUAUGGUCGUUUUUUCA